ACCUCAUUACUUUAGCCUGUCAAGAUAAAUGUGUCUGAGGCAUGGACCGGGACCAUGAUAGUCCAAAUCUCUGAUAUCUGUAGAACAUUUAGGCGGAUGAAGUUCUGAAAUUGCAUCCAUGCAUAAUAUAUAUCGGACAAGAAAACUGAAAGGUUUUCUUGUUUUUGUUCUGAUCCUGGUUUGUCUGGUGUAUCUAUUACGUCACAGAGUAAGAGUUAAAUAUACAGAUAAUAAUCUACCGUCCCGUAUAAUCAUUUCCUUUGAUGAUGCCACAUUAUCCAAAGAAAGUGAAAGUGAAAGAAGUAUACAGGAUCAAUAUUUAUCUGCUAGUACAGGAAGACAUCCGCCCUAUUUGUGUGGGUAUAAUGUUGGACGAAUAGGAAACAGACUUUUUCAAUUUGCAUCUUUGUAUGGCAUUGCAAUAUUGAAAGGUCUGAAGUAUGUCAUCCAUCCCAAUGACGUCAUAAAUCAGAUAUUUCUUAUUCACAAUGACUCUAACCUUUUAAUAACAGACAAUAUGGAGUCUAUUUGUAAUGUUACUAUAUAUAGAAGGGAACGUUUAUGUUGUGGCUUUGACAGCAAAAUUUUGAAUUUCAAUCCGAAACCAGGGGAAACUUAUAGAAUUAUAACGUAUCUACAGUCAUGGAAAUACUUUGAAAACGCUAAAGAAAGUAUUAAAAGGCAGUUCAGUUUCAAACCAAAAAUUAUAUCCUCUGUGAAAAAUGUGACUGCUGAUAUUCUCCGACGCUUUAACGUCACUUCCCGUAAUGACGUAGUGCUUGUGGGUCUCCAUGUACGACGAGGUGAUAUGACUAUGAAGAACACAUACGGCCAUGAGGUUGCCACUCCGGAAUAUUUAUAUAAAGCAGUUGACCAUUUCAACAAUUUUCUGAAUGUAAUUUAUGUCGUCUGCUCCACCGAUCUCACAUGGAUUAAGGCAAAUAUGCCAAGAAAUGCAGCAAAAGUUUACUUCAAUACCCCAAACGCAUAUCCAGAAAAUGAUCUUGCUCUGAUAGCCUCUUGUGAUCAUGUGAUCACAACUGUUGGGACUUUUGGAUGGUGGGGAGCAUGGUUGUCAGGGGGUCACGUGACGUUUUAUAAAUGGCCGGCCAGAGACGGGACAGUUCUGAGGAAAGGAUUCAGUGAAGACUUUAUGGAUUACUUUUACCCCAGAUGGGUUGGAUACUAAUAAUGUCACAACAUCUACAGAUAACAACCACUCCCACCCCCCA